AUGAAUACCACACGCUAUGGCACUCCAACGGACCGACCUGCAGCGCCCUCGCGCGACUGGCAGAACCACCCCGACCUUGCCCCCAAACGCCUCCUCAACAAGCACGUCUUAAGCGACGAUCUCGUCAAGAACCAUACCCUCACCAAGAACAUCCUAAGCGACGACCUCAUCAAGAACCAUACCCUCACCAAGCACAUCCUGAGCGACGACCUCGUCAACAACCACACUCUCACCAAGCACAUCCUACGCGACGACCUCUCCAGCAACCACAGCCGAAUGCCUCCCUUCUCCAACCUGACCGCGCUGCACAACCAGACCAACCUCUCCUUCCCCUCCAACCGCAGCACCACCAUCGUCUCCCUCGCCGGCACCCAGGACCCCACCGCGACGCCGCCCUCUGUCCCCGGCGACAUCAUCAUGGCCGGCUCGCUGCUCGGCGUGUUCCUGCUGUUCCUCGCGGGCAUCGUGGUCGCGGACCUGCGCGCCAAGCGCCGCACCGGGGAGCUGCGCGACGACCUGCGCGGCAUCGGCCAGGCGCUCCUGGCCCUGCCCCGGCUGGCGGUGUCGGGCGCGCGCAAGGCCGCCGCCGCCGCCGUCACGAGCCGCCGCCGCAAAGCCGCGACCGCAGAGGACGUUGAGGCCCAGACCGAAAAGACGAGGGCUUCCCAGGCCAUAGUCGAGCGCCUGGCCGGCAAGGAAAAGACGCCGCACGGCAACAGCAGCGGCGAGGGCCUCCCGCAGACAAUCGUCAUGAGCCUCCCCGAGUCGAUUGUCGUCAGCGUCACCGAGGUCGAGCUCAGUGGCAGUGACGAGGCCACGACAUCCAGUUAG